GUAAAUUCUGUUUUCAAAGUAUAUGAAAUAAACAAACUGGUAACCCUUUGGAUCCAACUCGGCUUUGUUGCAAAAAAUCAUUCUGUCAUGGCAACCAUCUCGGCUACCACCACCCCUGCAGCUCUUGUUCACAAGACAUUGCCCAGGAUUGCAUCCCCAGUCCCCAUUGGGUUGCCAACAAUGGGAAAGAAGGGGAAGGUGAUGAUGAUGUGUAGCAUGGAGAAGAAGAGUGAGAAUGGGUCUAACAUGGGGAUGAGUGCAUCAUUGCUGGCAGCAGCCUGUGCAGCAACCAUGUCAAGCCCAGCCAUGGCUCUGGUGGACGAGAGAAUGUCCACUGAAGGAACAGGACUUCCCUUUGGAUUGAGCAACAACCUCCUCGGGUGGAUCCUGUUUGGUGUGUUCGGCCUGAUUUGGGCUCUUUACUUCGUCUACACUUCCUCCCUGGAAGAGGAUGAGGAGUCUGGGUUGUCCCUCUAAAACCCAAACCUUAUUUCCUUCCUUUGUUCUUCAUUGCAAAUAUCAUGUAUGAAUCAAAUGAAUGGAGUAUGGCUUUCCUAUAUUGUAGCAAAACUUUUUUUUUUCCAUUCUGCAAUAAAUUUUGAUUUUGUUUA